CUAAAAGCUCUGAGCAGCGAGCAUCCCUUCAGAAUGAGGAUUCAGACGACAGCAUUACCGCAGCCAGCAUUUUAUCCGAUUCCAGCCACUUGGAAAUGGAAGAGCCGAGCACUUUGCAAAAAGCGCCGGAAAAGGUGACUAAUCAAGAUCGUGUAUCUGAAGUUCUCAACAAAGCCAUGACCGCGCUCAAAUUUGAACCCGAGCGUCCUCAGGAAUUUGAUCUAGCACAGAUCAUUGAAUCAAAUAAAGUGCUCAUACUUCCGGCCGAUGCCAUCCUGUAUUAUGCAAUGGACAAGAAAGUGAAUCAUGACUUCAUCCUGAGAUUCACCGAAAGAAGAUCUUCAUGUCUAUGCAAGUUUGAGCUGCAAUGUUCGAGCCUCCUUCCCAAUGUGAAUCAAUGAGCUCUGGUGAGGAAGGGCUUUAGAGAGCUCACCGCCCUGAUUUUUGAGAGGUCGUAUGUAUUUUAUUUCCUUCUCCUCCUGUAAAUCGCUUGGUGCUCGACAUAGGAUUCACUAAUUAGACAUUUACACAUAACCACUUUAAAAUUAAAAUGGUUCACCAUCGAGGCUAUGCCAACAAUACCAGCCACAGGUAGAAGAGAAAAUCAUCUGAGUUCUUUGUCUAAGUUUGUUUCUAAAAAUAGUGUUCAGUAAAUGUUUUCAAUGUUCUUACAUUUGUUUUAAAUUAAAAAACUUAAAUUGCAA